UCCGGUAACUUGACGCUGACCACUGACGGCGAAGCGGAGCAGGAGAGCGAAACAUGGCGACUUCGAACAAUCCGCGGAAAUUCAGCGAGAAAAUCGCGUUACACAACCAGAAGCAGGCGGAGGAGACGGCGGCGUUCGAAGAAGUGAUGAAGGACAUGAGCAUCACGCGGGCGGCGAGGUUGCAGCUGCAGAAGACUCAGUACCUGCAGCUGGGACAGAACCGUGGGCAGUACUAUGGAGGGUCUUUGCCAAACGUCAAUCAGAUUGGAAACGGCACCGUUGAUGUGUCUUUUCAGAAUUCAGAGCUGGACAUGAACAGAUCGACACGACACCACGGGUUGGUGGACAGAGUCUACCGGGACCGGAACCGCAUUGCAUCCCCGCAUCAAAAACCACUGUCAGUGGACAAACAUGGGCGCCAGAUUGACAGCUGUCCCUAUGGCUCAGUGUAUCUGUCACCACCACUGGAUACCAGCUGGAGGAGGACAAACUCGGACUCAGCGCUGCACCAGAGCACACUUACCCCCGCCCAGCAGGCCUCUUUCACUGGAGGAUCACAGGAGCUCCAGCCAAAACGAGUUCUGCUGCUCACUGUGCCCGGCUCAGAAGCAGUUAAACUAGAGGUCGAUGAAGACGGACAAAAACAGGAGUGGGACUGUAAAAAGAACAUUUCAAGGUCCAAGCUGUGCAAAGUUCCUGGAAUCCACAUAUUCCCAUCUCCCGACCAGCAGCUGACCACCACGCUCAAACCAGCAGCCCACAACACUGGCGGUUCUCUGCCUGACUUGACCAACAUCCAGUUCCCUCCUCCGCUGCCCACCCCGCUUGACUUGGAUGAUACAGCCACCGCCUCCUCGUUCAGCCCCUCCAACAGCACACAGACCCUGUCUAACACACAAGGCGUGGACACCUCUCAGCGAGUAACCAUGGAGAUGCAGCUUGGACAGGACAACAUGGUUCCUCUCAUCCUGAACGUAGGAGACUCCCACCAGCAGCAGAACCUCCCGCUCUCCCCAACAUCUCCACCUCACUCUCUCUCUCAGGCAGCCAUCAACGCGAUGAACCUCGAGCAGCAGCUGUCCCAGUAUGCCUUCUUCAACCAGCAGCUGUUGUCCCAGACUCACCAGAGCCAGCAACAGACAGGUCUGGUCCAGCUGCCAUCCUCGGUGAACUCCUGCUCCACGUUAGACAACCACACGUCCUCGCAGAGCAACAUGACCAUGGACAUGAACACGGCCUCCUCCCUCCAACAGUACCGCAGUAGGGUUGGAUCCUCUGCCAAUCAGUCUCCAACCUCCCCUGUCUCCAAUCAAGGCUUCUCACCCGGAGGCUCGCCUCAACAUAACUCCAUACUAGGCAGCGUGUUCGCGGACUUCUACGACCAGCAGCUCCCGUCCAUCCAGGCCAGUGCUCUAUCACAACAGUUGGAGCAGUUCAACAUGAUGGAAACCCCCAUCAGCUCUGACAGCUUGUAUAACCAGACCUCCACCCUCAACUACUCCCAGGCGCUUAUGAUGGGUUUGACUGGUGGCCACUGCAACCUCCAAGACUCGCAGCAGCUGGGCUACAGUAGCCAUGGCAACAUCCCCAACAUCAUUCUCACAGUGAGUGGAGAGUCUCCCCCUAGCCUCCCCAAGGACCUGACAGGCUCACUGUCCACAGAUUUCAGCUUCGAUGUCGACUCCCAGUUCCCUCUGGAUGAUCUCAAGAUCGACCCACUGACGCUUGAUGGUCUGCACAUGCUUAAUGACCCAGACAUGGUCCUUGCUGACUCGGCCACAGAGGACACGUUUCGCCUUGACCGGCUCUAACCAACCAUACGUGUUCAUGCACAGGUGUGUGAACGCUGCUGCCCUGUGGGGGGGUGGGUGUAUUUUUGGAGUAUGUUGGUGAAGGCCGCGUCUAGGCUGAGCAACGAUUCCACACCAGGCAACAGCAAUCGAACCCCAAAAGAGAGCUUUCAAAAGAAACACUAUUGUAAGAAAAAUGCACCGACACGUUUUGGGAAGACUGUUGCCGGCCUCCCUCCUCUUUCGGUGUGAAUCAUGUUUGCGGUCAUCAAACUUUGAUUUAUUUCAGAUACCUAGUUUUCACGAGGGCAGUUUCUGGUGUCGUAUCUCCAUUGAUGAGUGACUGAGCCAUGUCCGCAGAGCAAACCCUUAACAAACUCAUCUGUGCAGAGUAGCGUGAUGACUCAGAGGAAGCUCCGGUCAAGAACGACCCCCCCCCCCCCUCUGUGUCGCGCUGGUCGUUCUCAGUCGUACAUGCAGUACACGUAUUAGUUUUGCGCUGAUCCCUGUGUGUGAGGAGCCAAAGUCGAGUCCAGUUUGAUUUUAGUGAAGAUGUCAAGUCUCGAGUGACCACGAGUCAUCAUUUUGCCAUCUCAGUUAUUUUUAGGAAAUGCUGAAGUUUGAUUUUCAACAUGGCAAAUUGCAGUAAAAUGAGUUAUGCAUGAGAUCACAAAUCACUGUGCAUACUUGUUUUUGCCUUAAUAGCUUAAAACAUUUUGGUUUGUCAUGCAAACAUGACUUUUGUGUAAAUAAGAAAAAAGGGUCAUUUUUACUGUUUUACAGGUGGUUUGGCCGACAGUGUUUACAGUUGCAUUAGUGUAGUUGUACUUUCGAGGUGUGCUGAUCUUUAUCCAUGACUUCAUCUAUCGUCACUACACCAGCUCAUACAUCUCACAUCAGAUCAAUGAUUCUUUGAGAAACAGAUGUUUACAGGCUGGUUUUAUUUGACAUUUUUACAUGUACAGUAUGUGAUCAGAUUUUGCGUAAUAGUAUCUAUGCAAAAUUACAGUGGUUGAUUUCAGGCUGUAAAACGAAACGGAGAAAACGAAUCCUUACGUAGACGAGGCAGGAGUCUUUGAGAGAAUGAGCGGCGAUGGAUGCUGUCAUGUUAUAUUUGUUUUGUGACAUUGCUUUUAUAUUAGGGCUGUGUGGAGAAAAAAAAUAACAGAUCGGGGCGUGUGGCGUACGGUAGAAACUCUCCUGGAUUACUCCCAAAGAUGUGACCUCAGUAUAGUUGAGAUAUAUAUAUUUUUCCACACGAUUGAGCAGCCUCUGUACUAGAACAGCAUUGUUGGUGCAACAAGAAUGUAUUUCGGUCACAUCUGUGCUGUUGUGUUGUUGCCAUGUUGUCAUCCUCAUUGCCUAGCAUAUGGAGCCUUUACGUCCUGUUGGACCAAAGCUGGUUCACCUGUUCAGAGGAGAUGUGGCUUCUGUUUUACGUUCUACAUGUGACUGUGUUUGUUUCCUUGGCUCUACGGUGACACUGAAUAUCAGCUUCUUCAUGGUGUUUGUGUCCUUUUGUUGAUUUGUGCAGUGUCUCUCCGUUCUUUGGCUCUGCAUUGAUACGACUUCAUGCAUCUGCUCCUUUAAUGAGUGAAUCUUUUUGGGUUCUGUCACAUUCAUCAAUACUGCACUUUAUGCAUUUAUUUAAACACUGAUUUAUACCCCCCCAUGUGACUGUUGUGUGCACUGGACCUGUUGUCCCUUUGAUUAAACUUGUCUUCUUGUAAAAAACACAUAAAACAAAACAGAAAUAUUUGAAAGAAAAAUGAGAAUAAAUUAUAAUUAUUUUUGAAUAGUCAUAUAUAGAUAGUCUAUUUCAAAGAGCUGUUUUUACUUAAUCUGUGAGUAUUUUGUUGGCUGUCUGCUGUUACACAGAUUUUUCCUAAAUUUUGGAAAACAUAUUUAUUUUGGGACAGUGGUAAUCAGAGUUAUGAGGUGAUGUUUCAGCUCUUUCUGCUUUUAACAGCAGGUUGUGGUAAAUGGAACUAAAUGAGCUAUUUAAUAAGCAAAUUAAAAGAUUGUUAUUACAAUAAUUAAAGAUACAGAAAUAAUCUGAUUUCUCAAAAUGUAAAGGGCAUAUUACUGAUGCAGUACCAGGACACGAUCAAUCAAUCAGUCGCUGAAAGGUAUUUUAUAGAAUCUAUAUAUAAAUAUCCAUAAUAUUAGUAUAAUUCUUAUACUAUACAUCCACAUCCCUUCAAUAGUCCACAUAAUGAAAAAGGCUGUUCUAUAGCUGCUAAUUUGUGUCUGUUUAUGUGUCAUAGUCCCUCUGUCAGAAGGUUUCACCUUCUCACACACGUGUGAAUCAAAACGUGUUCCGUGAAACGUGAUCGAAUCAGAUGAAAUUGAAUCGUUACCUUGAAGACUUAUUAUUUUCCUGUUUAAAAAAUAAUUUUAAGUUUUGGAUGCAUCAUGUUUCUGAUUCCUGAUGCUGUUGUUUUUUUUAAUUGUGAUAUUUUGAGUUUUGUGACUGCAUGACUCACUGGACAUGUUACCCCUGAUGACUUUGGGAUUUAUUUCCAUGCAAGGGCGCGUUCAGCUUUGUGCGCCUAAGUGUUUUGUUUUCCUUGUGUUGUAAAACUGUCUUUUGUCUCUUUGAUUCUGCGUCAUGGGUCGGCUACGUUAAUGCUGUGUGAAGCCUGAAAGCAUCAGAUUUUAUGGUAAUCAGCCUUUUAUGCACAUGUAGAAGCUGUCGUUUGGUACUAUGUUAGGCCUUUGUUUUACUCUGCAAUUUAUAGUAUGUAUGCUUAUUUUCUGUUUUGCACCCGCAGGGAUUUUAUUACGUCACGGUAUAGACUAGCUUUGUAUAUUGCUACUAUAGGAACAAUGUUUUUUCGUGCUUCAUGUGAUAUGAUGUCAAAGUGAGAAAAUGCACUGAGAAAAUACUGUGUUGCAAUAUAUUAUUGUGGCUCUAUACUCUCUGCUGGACCUCAGACUUUCCAGUGAGCCUGACAUCUUUGUAGGUCCAUUUUCUGUUUUGAUUUUUUUUUCUACUUUUUUGUUGUCAUGUAGAUGUUACUGUUACUGCCACCUUUUUAUGCAUCAACGUUCAGGUAUCCAUUGGUGUUAACGCCAGUGUUUACAGAGAAAAGAGUUUACAACAGAGCAAUGUUUGUGUUUCUCCUCAUAAAAUGUGUCAAAUUACUUAAUGCUGUAUCUACAAUAACAGACAUGUAUGAACCACCACAUAUUAACUAC